CAACAAUAUCAACACCCUCAGAGAACCACGCAAGCAAACGAAACAGCAAAAUGUCCAUCAUUUCCUGGGCCCUCGACUUCCUCGACAGGAUGGAAGCCACAGAGUCCGAACUCUCAGCAAGCUGGAAGUUCUGCCUCACCAAGCUUGGACAGCUCGUCAUCUUCGGCCAUAUGCGAGACGACGUGGCCAUUUUGUUCCAGGACCACUGCUGGGAUCUCUUCGCAUUCGACCCCCAAAAGAAACUCAUGAUUCCCAAAACAGAGCGUUCGGCAACCGAACUCGAGCAGACCUUCAAGACCGCCCUGGAUAGGCUGUCCGAGGCCGACAAGUCCCGCUGGGGCAACAAAAAACCCAAGCAUGACGCCGACAACCUCUCCCCCGUGCUAGGUGCGCCCAUCCCCUUCUCUAUGCCUUCUGACCUCGUCUCUCUGCUGGGACUCGUCACCAGCGGGGCCCACCUAAACGUCUUCCACGGCCAGGGCGGCAGGAUGAAGAUCUGGCUGAUGAGGCGCGGGCCCAGCAUGUCCUCCUAUCCCAACACCUACGACCAACUCGUGGUCGGGGGGACGGAGCCCUCCAAGGACGCGGACGGAGGUGCCACCAUCCGUCGGGAGGCGUCCGAGGAGAUCGAGAACUGGGAGGCCAAGCUCCCCCGCUGGCGGGAGACCAUGGUAACCCCUGCUUCUACGUUGCAGUAUCACUUCGUGAACCCUUCGAAGGUGCAGCCCCUCCCGAAGCCGCACAUGCGAGGUAUGUACGAACCCGGUAUCCGGUACGUCUUUGACUAGGAGGUAAGUGACCCCCGCGAAGUGUUCAGGGCUGGUGAGUCGCGCAUGAUUGUCGCAGGUCCGUUUUCGGUAGCCGAGGUCGAGGCCUUUUUGAAAGGUAGCCUGUUUAAGCCCAACUGUGCUCUUGUCGUGAUCGACUUGUUGAUGCGGAAAGGAGUCAUUUCGCCCAAAGCUCGGGGAUAUGACAAUCUCAAGAAGAGGAUGGCGCGAAAGUUGCCCUUUGACACUACUUAUCACAGUCUCUGAGUUGACAACAUUGAAAUCACAAGAAUAUCCGCGAGAAGGGUGGGGGCGCGGAAAGGGGGAACUAGGUAAGUACUCGCAGACUGUCUAUGUUCUUCAUUCUUCUGUGUAUAAAGAAGUCUGUUCUUGAAUCACCUUGAGUAGGUAGGUCAGCAUCUCUCCAUACAUUUGCUUCUAUCAACUUGCUCGAGUUCUUUCGAAUCAUCCGAUAAC